GCGGCGGCGGCGCAGGCUGAGCGGCGGGGGCAGCUGGAGCUCCAGCGUCGCGCGCCCACCAUGGCCGCCCAGGCUGAGCCCGGCUACCUGGCCGCCCAGUCGGACCCUGGCUCCAACAGCGAGCGCAGCACCGAUUCGCCCAUGCCUGGCUCGGAGGACGACCUGGUCGCCGGGGCGCCCCCGCACUGCCCGGAGUGGAGCGAGGAGCGCUUCCGCGUGGACAGGAAGAAACUCGAGGCCAUGCUGCAAGCUGCAGCUGAAGGAAAAGGCAGGAGCGGGGAAGACUUUUUCCAAAAGAUCAUGGAAGAAACAAACACACAGAUUGCUUGGCCAUCCAAACUGAAGAUCGGAGCCAAAUCCAAGAAAGAUCCCCAUAUUAAGGUUUCUGGAAAGAAAGAAGAUGUUAAAGAAGCCAAGGAGAUGAUCAUGUCUGUCCUAGACACAAAAAGCAACCGGGUCACAUUGAAGAUGGAUGUAUCACAUACAGAGCAUUCACAUGUCAUCGGUAAAGGAGGCAACAACAUUAAAAAAGUGAUGGAAGAAACCGGAUGCCACAUCCACUUCCCAGAUUCCAACAGGAACAACCAAGCAGAAAAAAGUAACCAGGUAUCUAUAGCAGGACAACCAGCAGGUGUUGAAUCUGCCCGAGUUAGAAUUCGGGAGCUGCUUCCAUUGGUGCUGAUGUUUGAAUUGCCAAUUGCUGGAAUUCUUCAACCAGUUCCUGACCCUAAUUCCCCGUCCAUUCAGCACAUAUCACAAACGUACAACAUUUCAGUAUCAUUUAAACAGCGUUCCCGAAUGUAUGGUGCUACUGUCAUAGUACGAGGAUCUCAGAAUAACACUAGUGCUGUGAAGGAAGGAACUGCCAUGCUAUUGGAACAUCUUGCUGGGAGUUUAGCAUCAGCUAUUCCUGUGAGCACGCAGCUAGAUAUUGCAGCUCAGCAUCAUCUCUUUAUGAUGGGUCGAAAUGGGAGCAACAUCAAACAUAUCAUGCAGAGAACGGGUGCUCAGAUCCACUUUCCUGAUCCCAGUAACCCACAGAAGAAAUCCACUGUCUACCUCCAGGGCACCAUUGAGUCUGUCUGUCUCGCAAGGCAAUAUCUCAUGGGCUGUCUUCCUCUUGUCUUGAUGUUUGAUAUGAAGGAAGAAAUUGAAGUAGAUCCACAAUUCAUUGCUCAACUGAUGGAACAGCUUGAUGUCUUCAUUAGUAUUAAACCAAAGCCAAAACAGCCAAGCAAGUCUGUGAUUGUGAAAAGUGUUGAGCGAAAUGCCUUAAAUAUGUAUGAAGCAAGGAAAUGUCUCCUCGGACUUGAAAGCAGUGGGGUUACCAUAGCAACCAGUCCAUCCCCAGCAUCGUGCCCUGCCGGCCUGGCAUGUCCCAGCCUGGAUAUCUUAGCUUCAGCAGGCCUCGGACUCACUGGACUAGGUCUUUUGGGACCUUCCACGUUAUCACUGAACACUUCAACAACCCCAAACUCACUCUUGAAUGCUCUUAACAGCUCAGUCAGUCCUUUGCAAAGUCCAAGUUCUGGUACCCCCAGCCCCACAUUGUGGGCACCCCCACUUGCUAAUACUUCAAGUGCCACAGGUUUCUCUGCCAUACCACACCUCAUGAUUCCGUCUACUGCCCAGGCCACAUUAACCAAUAUUUUGUUGUCUGGAGUACCCACCUAUGGGCACACAGCUCCAUCUCCCCCUCCUGGCUUGACUCCUGUCGAUGUCCAUAUCAACAGUAUGCAGACAGAAAGCAAAAAAAUCUCUGCUUCUUUAAAUGGACAUGCACAGUCUCCAAAUAUAAAAUAUGGUGCAAUAUCCACUUCAUCACUUGGAGACAAAGUGCUGAGUGCAAAUCAUGGUGAUCCAUCUAUCCAGACAACUGGAACUGACCAGGCUUCUUCCAAGUCAAACCCUGUAGAAGGUUGUAAUGAUGCUUUUGUUGAAGUCGGCAUGCCUCGAAGUCCUUCACAUUCUGGGAAUGCUGGUGACUUGAAACAGAUGAUUGGUCCUUCCAAAGUUUCCUGUGCCAAGAGACAGACAGUAGAGCUACUGCAAGGCACAAAGAACUCACACUUACACAGUGCUGACAGGUUGCUGUCAGACCCUGAACUCAGUGCUGCGGAAAGCCCUCUGGCUGACAAAAAGGCUCCUGGGAGUGAGCGAGCCGCAGAGAGAGCAGCAGCUGCCCAGCAAAACUCUGAACGAGCCCGCCUUGCCCCACGGCCAUCAUAUGUCAACAUGCAGGCAUUUGACUAUGAACAAAAGAAGCUAUUGGCAACCAAAGCUAUGUUAAAGAAACCAGUGGUGACAGAAGUCAGAACACCUACAAAUACCUGGAGCGGCCUAGGGUUUUCCAAAUCCAUGCCAGCUGAAACCAUCAAGGAGCUGAGAAGAGCCAACCAUGUGUCCUAUAAGCCCACAAUGACAACCACAUACGAGGGUUCAUCCAUAUCCCUCUCACGGUCCAACAGUCGUGAGCACUUGGGAAGCGGAAGCGAAUCUGACAACUGGCGAGACCGAAAUGGAAUAGGACCCACAAGUCAUAGUGAAUUUGCAGCUUCUAUAGGCAGUCCCAAGCGCAAACAAAACAAAUCAACGGAACACUAUCUCAGCAGUAGCAAUUACAUGGACUGCAUUUCUUCGCUGACAGGAAGCAAUGGCUGUAACUUGAACAGCUCUUUCAAAGGCUCUGACCUCCCUGAGCUUUUCAGCAAACUUGGCCUGGGCAAAUACACAGAUGUCUUCCAGCAACAAGAGAUUGAUCUUCAGACGUUCCUCACUCUCACAGAUCAAGAUCUGAAGGAGCUAGGAAUCACUACUUUCGGUGCCAGGAGAAAAAUGCUGCUUGCAAUCUCAGAGCUCAAUAAAAACCGAAGGAAGCUUUUUGAACCACCAAAUUCCCGUACCUCUUUUCUGGAAGGCGGAGCGAGCGGGAGGCUCCCCCGGCAGUACCACUCAGACAUUGCUAGUGUCAGUGGCCGCUGGUAGCAGGACCUUCUAGGCACAGAGAAACUGUAGCUUGGACACAGAUGAUCUGUGAACAGACUUCGCUGCACACCAUCCUCAGCACUGUGGGUGUCUGGGAUCAGGACCAAAGCAUCUUAUUCACACCUGUACUUUAACAUCAAAAAGAAAGAAAAGAGAGAAGAUGUGCUUAGGUUGCCAUACAAACAUCAAAUGUGGAUAACUUGUCAAGUGGCAGUUGGACAGAAUUUUGCAGUAUGAGAAUUAGGGCUUUAUUUCUUUUUAUUUACCUAUAUAAUGUAUGCACUGAUUUUUUUUUUACUUAAAAUGAAGGAUUUUGACACCUGGGAUGCCAGAAAACUUACAAGUUUUUUUUUUGCUUGUUUUAUUUUGGUAUUUGGGGAUUUAAAAAAUAAUAAUCAAAUGGAAUUUUCUGGUACUGCUUUAAAAUUAUUGAGGUCUUUCAGCACUUUACACGUUCUGACUUCUUGUCCUGUGGAAAUUGUCUGUCUUUCUCAUUCUCUCUGUUAUUUUUAUGUCACCUGAUGUAUUGGUACAGAUCAGGUUUAGUCACGUUUUUCUGACUGUGUCAAAUUGUUCAAAAUGGUACUGGAUAUCAGUUGCUGUGUAGAGUAUUCUGGACUUUGGGAAAUGUGAGUCCACUUGGUUAUGGACCAAUUUUGCUCAUUUAUGUCAGCAUUCUAGAAAACCUUAGCAAAUGUGCCUUGUUCCCAGAAACCAGGUACCGACCAACCAAAUGGACUUUGCAAUAUUAACCCUUUUCAGUAUCUAUAUUUAGCUGCUGCCUAUAUCGCUAAAAUGAUUUUAAUGUUUGUCUCAAGGCAAAGGGCUGUUUUUUUAGUAUACUGCCACUACAGAACAUUUAUUUAUAUCAAACUUCUAUUUUUAGAUAUUAUAAGCAUACAGUACAUAAUUGAUGAGAUUGAUAUUUACUAGAGAUUUAUGGUAGAGAAUGAACGGCAUUCAAUAACUGGAGCCCUAGAUUGUCACUUUAUUUAAAAAGACAAAUAAUCAUCCGACAAGACAGCACUGUUGCCAUUAUGAAGAGAAAAGUUACAGUCCUUAAACUUUACCUACCUGGCCGCAGGAUUUUCCUAAAACUGUAUCCAUUGCUUGAAAUCAAUUUGUAUUCAUUGAUGGAAAAGCUUUAAGUAAACCCCAGUUUAUAAAGAAGGUGGAAUUCUGAAAGGGGAAAAAUGUUUUUUAAGUGGCUGGAUUUAUUGUUAACAAUAUUAUACUGUGAAAGUCCAAGAAAUCAAGCAAUGUUGUUUCCUAAGUAUUUUCAGACACUUUCUGGUGGAUUUACGGUUUUCAGUCCUUAAGAAACUCACUAAAGUGCCUCUCUUCAAAGCAAUAUUAUAUCCAAGUAUAUUAAUUUUUUUGGAAAAGUUUCCCAUAGUAAAUGCUGUCAGUUACCUGUAAUGAGUUAUUUGUGCUCAGUAUUCAAGACUUUCUUUGUGGACAUAAACCAUUCUCUUGCUCUCAGUAGAAGGCACUGAGUUGAGGACUUCCACAAACAUGGGAUAAGAAAUCCUUGCCUGAUGUUUUUUCAUGGCUAAUCCUUGCCACUCAGCUAAAAAGAAGUGACAUUUUGCCCACAGAAAAUGUUUUCACUUUAGAAAUUACCCUGAAGGCAUGCACAAUAAACUUAAACCCUAUCUCUGUAAGGAUGGAAAAGCAAAUACCUCCCUUUGCCAAGUAUUCUUCACUGGUCUUGUAUGCAAGUGUGCAGAUGACCAUGUGGUGUUCCCUCUCUCUCUUGUAUUCAUGCAACAGGCACAACAUACAACACAGUUCCAGGCCAGUUUUCUGCUCCACAAUCCAAUUUUCUAAAUUCUACACUUCUUUAGUGAGACCUUCCAUAAACAAAACAAUCACAGCUUUUACCCAGCUCUCUCUACCACAUAUUUGGAGUGGGAGGAAGAUGGAAUUUACAUUCAGUAUUAACUUGGUAGAGGUUUUAUGAACGGUGCUUUGAUAUUAUGUCAAAGGGAAAAUUGUCCACUUAAACUAGAUUAAAUAGGAUGGCGAAAAGAAUAAAUUAAAACACUGGAAAAUAUUUUUUCUCACUUUCUCUUGAUGCAAUGAAGGGAAUAUGACACUACAGAAAACAGAGUUGUUGGUAUUAAUAAUGCACAAAAGAGUAGAUGGAUUAUUUGAAUAAAUGUUAGCUUUUAAUCUGUGCCUUAAUAAUGAUUGGUUAUCUGUAAAUAGAGGACAGAUACAGAUUGUAUUUUGUGUGGGUUUUUGUCCUUUUAGUCACUUUUUUUAAAAAAAUGAGAAAUGGAAUUAACAUUGAGAAUGGGAAUUUUUUGUAAACUAAUCAGUUGUUACAUGAGAAAUAAAUUUAUAUAACCCCUUUGUAUUGCUCUUGA